AUAACUUCCAAUAUAAAUUGGAUUCACUAUUUGAGCCCAUAGUGUGCGCCGCCUAUCACUACAGGGAUGAGCCGGAAAUACAGCAAUUAAUGUUUGAACAGUUGGUGGCCCGCGAACUAUAUAUGGAGGCCCGGGCGCUGUUGGCCGAGAAUAACACGAUUGUACCUGCUAUAAAUAGACAACUGUUGGUCACCAUAGAGACCACGUGCGAGCACCAGAACAGUGAGGCGCUCCAGGCGCUGGUAAAUGCAUACCUGUUUAGAGAUAGCGCUCGAUAUAUACUAAAACAUAGGUGCUCUAAAAAGAUCAUCGAUGACAUUUGCGUGGAUUUUGCGGCCAACAAGGACCAACAGUCGGCAUCUUAUCGGGCAAUGUUGCUGGUGCUCAGGGGCUGUGCCCUACUGUACGAACACGAUUACCAUAACUCGUACGAGAGUCUGCGGGACGCGCUGUAUGUCUACCCUUUUGAGGACUGUAUGGAUGCAGUGGUAUUACUACUGGGCGCCGGACACAGAGAGUCAACCAUUGAACAUUUAUUGAAAUUUACCAGUUUGGAAAAUAUAAGUCCCCCACCCACUGACACACACUACGCCCAUAUGCUUAAGAGUCACACCACCCUGCGCACUCUGAUCAAGUACGAACGUGGUAUUCAUAGCUCAAAGUAUAGCGAUGAUAAUAUGCUUGUCGAGAAAGCCAUGCUCUACAUUGACCUAUGUAUGGCCGUCGCUUCACCAAUCCUACUGGCGAAUAAUAUGACCAUGGCCAGUAAUUAUCUACUGCAACACAUGAACACAUGGUUGCCUGAUGCAGAUCAGGUUGACACAUACCAUGCCCGCCUAUACGCUUACCGUAAUUGUAUAUGCGACUUAUCAGGCACAGCACUCUAUUUUGCUAGCCGCUACCUGGACCCAAUCAGCGUGAUAAAUUAUUCUGCACAGAUUUUUAGCCUUAUGAACAGCGCACAUAUUACCCUGGCCAAACAUAUUAAACUUUCCAAACAGUCGUAUAAUAUCAAUGGUCACAAUAAGCGUUUAUUAAUUGAUCAGGAUCACCAGAGUCUUUUUAACUACACGAAUUCAUUAUUGGAAAAGUCAAUAAAAGUGUGCCCUAUUGUUAGUAUGCAAUUGCAUAGUAGCUCGGACAUUUUAUUUGUCAACAUGGUCAACAACGAGUUUCUCGAGCGAUAUUACACGUACUAUGCGGACAACUCCAAAACUUUGACCCACGUAUACAAGUACUACCUGUUGGAGGGCAGUUGGAAACAGUGGUUCCCGGAGCUAAUGUUUGUCAACCGUAGGGAACAUUGUAUGCGAGCGCUGAUCCGACAAAAGGGUUUAAACAUCAAUCGGAUUGAGGCAAUGAUGCGAUGGCCGACUGUACGCCGGGACAGCUCCGGGUGGAUAGACAGGAGGAACCUAACACUCAAGCUCCCCGGGCAAACGUUUACUAGUGUCGAAGAGGUGUCCGCACACCAGCCCUUCCCUAUGCGUGACGGCUAUAGCGACGCCUUUCUCAGUGUAUUAUCCGAAGAGCUCCGGGAGGACCUGCGUCUGGACCGGGAAGGCAGCACCGGUAUCUCAAACUACGGCCAAACGCACCGUUUCUGGAUCGAGGCCCAGGAGUUGGGCUACGACGAGACAAUUGACCCGGAUAAUGGGCGGAGGUUGAAUGCUGUGGCGCUGCUAUUGCGCGGCGUUUACGAUGGUCUGGAGGCCAGCAAACGUGAGGUGCGCGUAGAUGAACAGCAGCUCCGGGAUGUGUUGGGCCGACUACGGGCACAAAUACAGUACCCGCUCAACACUGAGGCCAAAGUUAGAGAGAUAUAUAGGGAAACACUUCGCGAAAACGGGAUAUCCAGCGAUCAGGUCAGAGAAAGUGAUAAGGGUGAGCUUAAGCGUAAGAUCAGGCAGAGUCUAGACAACCAGGAAACAAAGGUGCUGGAUCAGUUAGCACAGGCCUUGAAUGAAGGUCUGGAAUUGGAUAGUCCGCAAUGGUUACGAAAGGAAAUAGACAAAUGGUUGCGCAGAGGGAAUGCUGAUAAAAUGACCGAGCUCUUGCGUCAGCACAUCACUAAUAACCGUAUAAACAAACUAGAUCGGUUUGCACAGAAUUGUAAAAAAUUGGGCAUGCCGUUUGAUGGUGAGCACGGUAUUUGCGAUGAUUUUGCUACAAACGGUGUAAAUGAUUGGAUACCCGCCGCCUAUUCCCGCACCAGUCACUGUCGCACGUAUGGCGGUGUGUGCCUUAUACCGCGCUUAGUUAAUGUUAACGAACCAAGAUCCGGAGGGGAAUCUAGCGCUAAUGGUGGCGAUUACGGACAUGGAGGGUCUAAAAGCAACAGUGGUCAGAGAUCCAGUAGUAAUAGUCGUCGUAAUGGUGGUAGCAGUGGCGGUGGUGGCGGUGGUAAUGGCAAAAAACGCAAAGGACGUUUCAAAUCUCAAAAAGAAGGCGAAGAGCUCGCCAGAAGCAUGAGCGAUAAACAGGCUAAUGGUAAAAAAAUAAAAGUGGAGUUUCACUCUGGUGUAAACAAAAAGAAGACAGAAUAUUAUAAUCCAAAUCGUAAAGGUGAUAAAUAUGCCCAUUUUCACCCUGUUGAUGAAAAUGGCGACAAGAAAGAGUUUGAUAAGGAUUACUACAAAUUCUUGGGCAUCGAUAGGACGGCCAACAGUCAUGACAUUCACCGCGCGUUUCGGCAAAAGUCGCGUCUCUAUCAUCCGGACAAAGGGUCGGGCAAUGAGGAGCUCAUGAAACUGUUGACUCAAUGCAAGCAAACACUACUCGACCCGGACAUGAAAGCCCGUUAUGAUGACAAAUACGACCCUGGUAAUAACCAUGAAAAUGAUAAUGACCAGGAUGAUCUUACGGACAAAUUAAGACUAAAUUGCGGUCAAAAGUUAUCGGAUAAUUAUUUGAAAAAAUUGGACGAAUGGACAGAAGAGUUUGCGGGCAUUUCAUUGGUCGACAAUCGGGAGUUUGUUAACCAAAAAUGGCUAGAAUUACGCGAUAAGUUGACUAGUAAUUCUGAUACAAUCGAGCACUCUAUCAGCGAACGUGAUAUCUAUACAGGAUUUCUCAUUAAAAACAAAAAGGACACUUUACUAAAUGAGCUUAAAAAAUUAAUCCCGGACAAUAUUUGGUCAUUAAACGAUAUCCAAUCUGGUAAAUUCCUGUUUGCAGGGUAUAAUUUGUUUAAGUUGGAUAUAUUCAUCAACAACCAUAAGAUGGGCGACCGGGCGUACCGGUUCGCGGACAGCGCCCUGUAUAUGCUGCGGCACCGGUGCACCAAAGCCAUUAACGGCGUGUAUUUGGAGCUGUCGGGCGGCGCCGGGGCCAGGGGUUUGAGCCCCGAUCAGCCCAAUGACAGGCCGGCACCGCACCGGGCGAUGCUGUUGAUACUCCGAGGCUGUGCCCUACUGUACGAACAUGACUACCAUAACUCGUACGAGAGUCUGAGGGACGCGCUGUAUGUCUACCCCGUGGCUGACUGUAUGGACGCAGUGGUGGCCCUAUUGGGCGCCGGACACGGCCUGUCAGCUAUCGAGCACUUGUUGAGUUUUAUUAAGCUAGAGGAUUUAAGGGCCCCGCCAAGUGCCAGUCAGUACGCACAUAUGCUCAAAAGCAACACCACCCUGCGCACCCUGGUCAAAUAUGAACGCGGUAUUCACAGCAAUAAAUAUCGCGAUAAUAAGACCAUGGUGGACAAAGCGAUGCUUUACGUUGACUUGUGUAUGGCGGUGGGUGUGCCGGUGCUAUUGGUCAACAACAUGACCAUGGCCAGUUAUUAUCUACUUCAACAUAUGCUCACGUGGGCGCCCGAUGAUGGCCAGGGCGGGGACACAUACCUGGCCCACCUGUACGCAUAUCGUAACUGUAUAUGCGACCUAUCGGGCACAGUGCUGUACUUUGCCAGCCGCUAUCUGGACCCGAUCAGCGUGGUCAAUUACAGCGCCCUGUGCUUCAACAUGAUGAACCGCGCUCAUGUGACCCUGGCCAAACAGAUUAAACUCACCAAACGUACCGCAAACACCUCUAACAGCAAUCGGCGCGAAGAGAGACUAUUAAUUGAUGAAGAUCACCAAAGCCUGUUUACCAUGAUUAAUCAUUUACUACACAAGUCCACAAAAGUGUGCCCUAUUGUCAGUAUGCAAUUGCAUAGUAGCUCGGACAUUGUAUUUGUCAACAUGGUCAACACCGAGUUUCUCGAGCGUUACUACACGUACUUUGUGAACAACCCCUCGUCCGCCACUACAAACUCACUGACACACUUAUAUCAGUACUACCUGUUUGAGGGCAGUUGGAAACAGUGGUUCCCGGAACACAAAUUCCCGGUAUAUCGGGAACAGUGUAUGCGAACACUAUUGCGCCAAAAGGGUUUAGAUGUGCGACGAGUGGAGGCUAUGAUGCGAUGGCCGGCCGUACGCCGGGACAGCUCCGGAUGGAUCGAGCGGCACAACUUGACACUAAACCUGUUGGGCCAGACAUUCACCGGUGUGGAGGGUGUGGUGAUUGACAUUGAGCAUGGUACGUUUGAGCUACUACUGGCCAACGAUCCGGAACGGCCGGCGCUCAUCAACACGACCGACAUCGAUGAGGUGCUGAUACGUGGCAUAACGCACGGUGUGUUCAGUUUGGACCCGGUGUCUGAUACGGACCAUUACGACUACCACCCAUUCCAACGGCUCCGGUACUCACCAGGUGCAAUCAAGGACACCCACUAUCUGGCCACUCUACUGCACGCCGACUAUUUGCUCAAAAUGUUUACAAUGGGCACAGAGGUGUCCGCACACCAGCCCUUCCCUAUGCGUGACGGCUAUAGCGACGCCUUUCUCAGUGUAUUACCCGAUGAGCUCCGGGAGGACCUGCGUCUGGACCGCGAGGGUCGCACCGGUGCCUCAAACUACGGCCAAACGCACCGAUUCUGGAUAGAGGCCCAGGAGUUGGGCUACGACGAGACAAUUGACCCGGAUAAUGGGCGUAGGGUCAUCCGGUUUGACCAGUGCAAAAUGGUGGUCAAAGAGCACCCGAUGAAACGCCUGAGCGAUGGCACACUAGUCGACGACACGGACACAGACGGCGAGCACCGGGAGGCGACUCCUGAGGCAAGAUUUGCCAAAUUAUUCACCGAAUGUUACGACGAAAUCGGCGAGUAUUUCCCGCUGUUUCCCCGUUUACGGGAAUUACUCAAACUCCAAGCGGUGGCCACUAUUGUGCGCUCAGUUUACGAGAGUCUGGAGGCCGGCAAACGGGACGUCAGGGUAGACCCGGAGAAGAUCAGAGCGAUACUGAGCCGACUCAGAGACCAAAUACAGUACCCCAUAAACACUGAGCAGAAAGUGAACGAGUUAUUCACGCAAACCCUGCGGGAAAACGGCGUACACAACGAGUACGAAGUGAGUAUGAGCGAGGUGAUGCGCGUCAAACGGGACAUCGGCGCCAAUUUGGCCGGUCUGGAGGACCAGGUGCUCGAUCAGGUGGCCCGAGCGCUGGACGAGUCGCUAGAGCUCGAGCGACCACAAUGGCUCAGGCCGUUGACCGCCCAUUGGAUCAGAUACGGUGAGGAGCAGAAACUGGUCCAUCAUUUGCAGAGACAUAUGGAGCUCCGGCUGGUGGCAAAGUUAGCCAGAUUUGGUCAGGGGUGCAGAAAUAUGGGCAUGGUGUUUAGUGAUGAGCAAAGCGAUGGCGAUGAUUUUGCUAAAAACGGUUCAAAUGAUUGGAUACCCGCCGCUUAUUCCCAGUCCAGUCAGUGUCGCACCUAUGGGGGCGUGUGUCUGGUGCCCCGUAUGAAAAAUGUUAACGCACCUGCAUCUGAUCAGACUAGAGGUGCCACUAGUGCUGCUACUGGUAGAGGUGUACAGGGAAUGUUCAAUAGUGCCGGCGGGCAGAGUUUGAGCACUGGUGGCGGUAACGGUAGUGACGAUGCCAAACGUGCAAUGAAAACCAAACAAGGUGUUCACGUUAAGAUUGGCCCGAGUGGUCGGCCAAUGAUUCAUACGCCCCGUUAUAGCACAUGUAAGGCGGCCCGGGAGGCGGCCGAGAAAGCCAGCAAAAGUCAACAACACCGUGUGCUCAAUCACAAUGAUCCUAGUAAACAGAAACAAUUGAGCGGCCAAAAGUUGCAUGAUCAUCACAAUAAAAAUUUGAAAGGUGAUAAAAAUCCUUACUUUCACGCCGUAGACUCCGAAGGCGAGAAAUUGAACGAUGGUGCACAUCAUUUACACCCUAAA